UUGAUCGGAAUUAUUUUGUUGACGGAAAAGCUCAUACGUCCCUCCAUGCUUAUUAAAGUAGGAAUGGAAGAUAACAUAUAAGCCAUUCAAACACAAGAAGUCAACGUUCAGGUCCAAAAGACAUGGCUUCAAGGAGAUAUGGCGCGUGUGUCCUUUAUCAGAGGGUGGCUGUCCUGAAGAUGAUGUGCAGGGGAAUGAGUGCUGCUGCAGACCUGCAGUCCCAGGUAGAUUUCCUCAAAGGAGAACCCCACAGGAAGCACCCAGGUGUGACCAACCUGAAAACUCUGCAGUUACCUGAAGAACUUCAGACGGCUGCACGGUCAAUAAUUCAAAGAGCUGCGGUGCCUCGGCUGACUGACCGAGCUCAUAGCCUCACAAACUUCCUGUGGAGCAGAAAAAGUGCUGUGGAAGAGUCAUCUCUCAGGAAGAAAGCUGUGAAACUGGAGAAGGAACUUUGGGAGAAGGCGAUGGAUAAGAGAGGAGAUAUAGAUGAACAGCUACUGGAAGACCGCAUCAGGAAAAAAGUGUUCUCAGAGCUCAAAAGAACCACAUAUCACUGGAAGACCACAAAGUAUGAUGAAGAGUUAGGUGUGGUUUACAUGGCGUCUCGAUUGGCUGGGGGCUAUGCAGCAGUAAAGAGAGCUUUAAAUGAGAUAAAGAAGAAGAAUCCCUCUUUUGCCCCUCAGUCUCUCCUGGAUUUUGGUUCGGGACUUGGAACAGUUGUCUGGGCGUCACACUCAUACUGGGGCGACUCCUUAAAGGAGAUGGUGUGUGUGGACAGCUCUGGGCCAAUGAACAUCCUGGCAGAGCGACUUCUCAAAGGUGAUGAAGAAAGAGAUGAACCUCACAUCAAACAAGUUUAUUUCAGACAGUUCCUCCCCGUCUCUCCUAAGGUGCAGUUUGACCUGGUGGUAGCAGCCUUCACCCUGUCGGAGCUUCUGAAUGUGAAGGAGCGAGAGGACACAGUGUUAACCCUGUGGAGAAAGACCAGCUCGUACCUGGUGCUGGUGGAAAAUGGGACUAAAGAGGGCCAUCAGAUGCUUAUGGAGGCCAGAGACACUUUAUUGAAGAAACAAGACAAGAUUGUCCAUGACAUCAGACCAGCAGCAGUGUUUGCUCCGUGUCCUCAUGAGCUGACCUGUCCUAAACUGUCCUCUGGGUUCACCACGCCCUGCAACUUCCAUCAGAUGUACCAACCUCUGCCUCUGCCCGGGCGCAAUGAGCGUCAGACGGAGAAGUUCAGCUACCUGAUUCUGGCUCGGACAGAACCGGGGGAGGCGGAGUCUGAAGGCCUGGAUUGGGCCCGGCUGAUCUCACCAGUGCAGCGCAGGACGAGGCACGUACACUGUCGAAUGUGCUGCCCCGACGGAAAACUACAACACCUGGUGAUUACCGCAAGAAAACACAGCAGAGACUUGUACCGCUGUGCCCGGAGCAGCGACUGGGGAGAUCAACUGCCAAUGAUUCCUGGAAACGACAAGGACGCAGAGAGUGAUUCAGAGGAAUGAUUCAGCUACAAGACACUCAAACUUUAUACUUUUUAAACAAUGGCAACACUCCAACAUUGCUGACGAAAGACUCACCAGCUUUUAGUUGAAAGCACAUCUGCGUUUCCUCACUGGAUUGUAAAUGAUGGGCUCCUUUGACGUCCUCUGAUGACUUUAAUAAAGAAAUCACAACAUG